AUGUCUUCCGUUGAAGAAGUGAAGCACUUGCAUAUUCCUCUCCAAGAAUUAUCAGAUGCAACUAACGGAUUUUCUGAUCAGAAUAUCAUUGCAAGGGGUGGAUUUGGGAAGGUUUAUAGAGGCGUAUCUGUAAAACAUGGCCACAUGGCCAUAAAGAUGUUGGAUCCUCAGUUAGGCCAAGGAGUUCAUGAAUUUAAAACCGAGAUUGCCUUACUUUCAGUUUAUAAACAUGAAAAUAUUGUCUCACUUCUAGGAUUUUGCGAUGAAGAAGGGCAAAAAAUUCUUGUUUAUAAUUAUGAGAGCAAUGGGAGUCUCGACAAACAUUUAAGCAGCACAGAUCUAACCUGGAUUCAACGACUUCAGAUUUGCCUAGAUGCUGCCAAUGGGUUACAAUAUCUACAUCAUGAUGUUGAACCUCAAAGUAGAAUUCUGCACCGUGACGUCAAGAGCUCGAACAUUCUUUUGGAUGAAAACUGGAAAGCUAAAAUCUCAGAUUUUGGGUUGUCUAGAAUAGGUCCUGCUAAUAUAGAGUCUACCUUUCUUAUAUCCAAUCCAUGUGGAACGUAUGGAUAUAUCGAUCCAGAAUACACGACUACGGGUUACCUCACACAAAAAUCUGAUGUUUACUCAUUUGGGGUUGUGUUGUUUGAGGUUUUGUGUGGAAGGCUUGCACGUGUUAUGGCAUACAAGGAUGAGCGUCAGUUUUUAACUAAUUUGAUCACAAUACAUUGGAAAAAUAACACAUUAGAUGAGAUCAUCUAUUCUGAUCUACAAAGACAGAUAAACAAAGCUUCCUUAGUUACGUUUUCACGCAUUGCCUACCAAUGUUUGAAGAGCGGAAAUGAACGUCCAACAAUGAAGAAGGUCGUGGAACAACUUCAGAAAGCUCUUGAUAAUCAAAUAGCACCUAUGGGUUUACGGUUGGAUGAUAAUCAUGGCUUUGCUGCUCAUCAUCACCAAGGACAAUCUGCCGGGCCAUUGGAAUCGUCUUCUCAAUCCUUUCUUUCCUCUUCUUCUUCUCAGUCGUGGAAGUAUGAUGUCUUUAUUAGUUUUCGAGCAGAAGACACCCACAUGGCAUUUGUAAAUCAUCUCUACUCGGCUUUGGUACGAAGGCUAAUCUUCCCUUACAAGGACGACGAAACACGCCCUCAGAAUGAAUCCAUUGGUCCAUCCCACCUAAAGGCUAUUCAAGAAUCACAGAUUGCCAUCAUCAUGUUCUCAAAAUAUUAUGCUUGGUCUUCUUGGUGCUUGGAUGAACUUAUAUUUAUUAUGAAAAAUAGGGAAGAGAGAGGGCAAAUUGUUAUCCCUAUCUUUUAUGAUGUUAAACCCUCUGACGUGAGAAGGCAAACAGGUUAUUAUGGAGAGGCGUUCCACAAGCAUGAGUUGAACGACAACAAAAACAAAGUUGAAUCUUGGAGAAAAGCACUUCGGAAUGUAACUGAUAUUGCUGGAUGGGACGCGGACUAUGGGUAA